AUGAUGUUGAUGUACGAGAGUUCCAAUGAGUCCGUUGCGGAUUUUUAUGCGGGAAAAUCCGUGUUCGUUACUGGUGGAACUGGAUAUCUUGGAAAGGUAUUGUUAGAAAAACUACUCUACAGUUGCGAGAAACUGGACAAAAUCUACCUUUUGAUACGCGAAAAGAAAAAUGUUAGCCCAGAGAAGCGAUUACAAAAUAUUUUUGAGCAACCAGUUUUCAAACGAGUAAAGUCUGAAAGAGCAGAUUAUGUGCGAAAAGUUGUUCCUAUUGUUGGUGACAUAUCUGAACCAAACUUAGGAGUUACACAAGAAGAUGCGAAAGAACUACAAGAAAAGGUCUCUGUCGUUUUCCACGUGGCUGCGAAUAUUAAAUUCAACGAACCUUUAAAAGUUGCUAUGAACACAAAUUUCGAGGGAACAAGACGAGUUCUUAAUCUAUGUAAGAAAAUGAAACAAUUACCGACAUUUGUCUACGUUUCUACCGCAUUUUCCAAUACAAAUAGUGAGAUCAUCGAAGAGGUUAUUUAUCCCCCACCAGCCUAUUAUGAGGAUGUGUAUACUGCACUUCAGCAAUACGGAGACAAUGAUAAAGAGAUUAGAAAACUUUGGUGUGAUAGACCCAACACGUACACCUUCACGAAGGCACUUACCGAGCAUUAUGUAGCGGCACAACGAAACAAUAUACCUACAGUUAUAAUAAGACCAUCUAUUGUUGUACCAAGUAAAAAUGAACCAUUGGAAGGCUGGAUUGAUAACUGGUUUGGUGCAACAUUACUAUUGGUCAUGAUCGGCAAAGGCCUUUGUAGAAUCAUAGCUGGCGCUAGUUCUAAUUCACUUGACCUCAUACCAGUCGACUAUGUCUCUAACUUAACUAUAGUAGCUGCUGCCAAGUGUAAGGGCUCCGACGGACUGUUGGUGUAUAAUAGUUGUUCUAGUGGUGCGAAUCCUGUUACCUUUGGAGCGAUCUGUAGAUGUUUUAUAUCUGAAAGCGUUCGUUUCAAACUUAAUGAUAUUCCAUAUCCUACCAUAAUUUUUACGAAACAUCAGUGGCUCCUAAAAACUAUAUCUUUUAUAAUACAGAUGAUACCAGCCUUUUUCGCCGAUUGUUUUUUGUGGCUGUCUGGAAAAAGGCCGAGGUACGUUAAACUGCAACAAAUAGCAUUAAAGUUGAAUAAUAAUUACCAAUAUUUCACUACAAGAUCAUGGUUAAUGGAUUCAAAGAAAACUCAAGCUCUUUAUGCAUCCUUGUCAGCUUUAGACCAAAAUCUGUUUCCCUUUAAUCCUGUUAAUAUAGUGUGGUCCGAGUACCUGCCCGUAUAUUACAAAGGCGUCAAAACUUACUUAUUUUAG